AUGGAGUCGCAGAAUUUGCAGGCAGCUUCGACUUAUGUGAACAAUAUACUGCUUGCGAGGGGCCUCCUGAAGGGUGGACGUGCGAUCGAUUUCGCAGAACCCGAAAACGAAGAUGGAGGGGCCGAUGCCACAAUGGCUCGUGUGAUCAAUCUGGUUAACGAUUUAGUUUUGAGACGAGAUCGCGAAGCUGAACACCGCGAAAGCUUGUCCACGACUAUUCGCACACUCCAGACGACAGAGACGGAACAGACUGCGGAGAUUGGGAAACUCAAGACCAAAACAUCCGAAUUGACCCGCUCGUUGGCCCUGGCAGAGGCCCAGGAGCGCGCGCUCAAAACAAACGUCACCAACGCGGAAACGACCAUCCGAGGAUUGAAGGAACAAGUGCAGCGCAUGAAAAGCACCGUCUCGCAGGUGCGCGCGCAAUGUGCGAACGAUAUUCGCAAGCGGGAUUUGGAGAUGCAGAAGCUUAAAUCGCAUUUGGCCGAUAGACAACGAGGCAAACGUGAAGGCCUAGGUGUUACGACAAUCAACAUCAACCCCGCAGCGGAUCGUUCGCGCCUUGGGGCCAGUGGUGGUGAUAAAAUCAAUGACCCCGGAUACAGCUUGAAGCAGGAAACAACCGACUUCCUGACGGAAUUGUGCCAAAACCUUAGCGACGAAAAUGAUACGCUCAUUGAGCUUGCGCGAAACACCGUCCACACUUUGAAGGACCUACAGGGCUUGCCGCAGGCGGAAGCUACAACCGAUACCGAACAAAAUGGCAUGGCUGCAAGUGUGGCGCAGAAGUCUGGGCCUGUUACUUCAUUGCCAACCUCGUGCGAAGAAUUAUCCACCCAUAUGGCGACAGUGCUGGAUCACCUCCGGAUACUACUAACCAAUCCGUCAUUCGUCCCGCUGGAAGAGGUUGAGGUCAGGGACGAGGAAAUCACACGUCUUCGGGAAGGCUGGGUGAAGAUGGAAGGCCGGUGGAAGCAAGCUCUGACUAUGAUGGGCAGUUGGCAGCGUCGGCUUGCCGACGGCGGGGGCUCUAUUCAAGAGGAAGAGUUGAAGCACGGCAUGGACCUGGACCUCAGCAUAAACGCACCCGAACCAAGCGUGCAAAGUGCGGAUUCUAACCCUAUACCCACGAUCCUUGAAGAUCAAGACGAAGAGCAAGAUUCGCGCCACGUCGAGCAGGACACAGAGCAAAAAGCAUCAGAGCCGGAGAUUUCUAACCCUCGGACAAGGUCAAAGAUUCGAAAAGUACCCGAGCGACCUGACCGUGCCUUAAGAGAGCGAAAUGAUAACAGCAUGGCAAAACGCCCCCGAAAGGUUUCAUUCACCCCUGGUCUACAAGGAUCUCCAGCCGUUGAGAAUGUCGACGACGAAACCCUCGAAAUCAAAGCCUAUAAAACAGAGAGUGUGACCCGCAGGCCAGCAAGACGCAAGACCCAGUCGAAGGAAGCCCGCCAGCUCAACAAUGAAUCUCUGAGCGUCCAACAAAAGCUGGCCGCGGUCGAGGACGAGGCCCGAGCAGCUCAGAAUGAACAAAAAGAGCGUGAAUCACGAAAGAGGAGUCACCCCGAUAAGGCCUCCAAGCCUCCCAACCGUCGACGGAGUACACUUACCACUGACGAGCUUGGCGAACUGAUGGGCGUGGCCCGGUAA